CCCGCUGGUUUCCUCAUCACCCCCAGUUAGGUAAUCAAAACGGCAACUUCCACUGAUUUUCGCUGCACCUUAUCAAUCAUCGCGUGUACGGAGAUCCUUCUUUCCUAUCCGAGGUAAUGCUUAAUUGGCGUGUCGUUUAAUCUAUCGCCCAGGGUCGUUCAACAGCAAUAGACGUCAUAGUACAUUUCCUACCCAGUACGUGCGUUGCGGCACAGAUUGCGGCAACAACAGUUCCGCAGCGAGGGAAGCGAGAGCGAAGGAAAAGGGUCCAGGGCGGUAGACGCCGCCUUUUGUCCGCCACAAUGCCGAAGACGGCCAUUGCCCUAUCACCACGCACGUUUCCCAGGGGCCCCAUUAAAUGCCGUCAUUUUUCUGCUCUUUAGCCGGGGGUCGCACUAGAACAGAAAAAAAUCAAUGGAAGCAACAAAGAACAUGCAGAGAAGACCCAUCUCCCGAUAGCCGAUGAUUCGCAGCCAAUCCCAAUCGCCGACGCCAUGACGCCCAGCUUUGCCCGGGCGAAUGGUGCUUUUCCGGACGAACAACGCACAAAAACAGAUCUGCCGGCUUUUGGGGGUGCGGUUGCGGCAUCUCCCCUAUUUCGUCACGUCAAAGUGCAGAUACGGGAUGCAAAGGCGGUCCGCUUCUUUUUGUUCUUGUGGCCUUCUUCCCGUGAUCGAGAUCCGUGGAAGCGCCUCGGGCGUCCUUGCGUCCUUCUUUCCAUGCUUCCAUGCAUAUUCCGACCAUGCCGCUUUCGAAGAUCAUUUUUCUUGUGUACACACCACAGGAAAUCUCGUGACUUCGCUCUCCGGUGGUUUAGCAGACUCCGUUCGCCGCGGACAUGGACUCUUCCGUUGCUCUCGUUACCAGGACGAGGCUCGCCAAUAGGCAGUCUUGCUUCCGGCUCCUCCCUGGUCGGGUUCGAGCCUUGCGCUUGCGGGCGUCCGCCUCCGUUUCUCCAUGGGAUAUCGGCGUUAUUUCGUGAACCGUUUGUUUUUUUCGGACACGAGCCUUGUCUUGACGUAAGCAGAGGCGUGUCAACGCAGUUCCUCUGCCGCGGCAUGCAGCAUGGUUACAAUGAGUGAGUGAGUGAAUAUCCGGCUGGUAUUCCCGAACAUUGUCCCUCUUUUUCUUGCGGGAGACACCAAGCAGACUCCAUACAUGACCUGAAAAUAGCAUGAGUAGCUACCCUGUGGUCCACCACGUUUGGGACGGCCCGCCAGGAUCGCAGAGUACGUGUAAAUCAGGAGUAAAUACGAGUAAUACUACAAUCUACU